AUCAUCCAGCCUCUCGCCUAUCAUCAUAUCACCUUAUCCUCCAAACGAUCACCUUUCCAUUCCGCCCAGCUGGCGUGGUCAUCCAUGGAGUGUCAUGUCAGCGCUCCACUCGCCCUCUCACAUCCCUCAAAUCUCUCGCAAUGCCUCCAGUUUCUUCCCGUGCCCACUGCCACUGCUCCUGCUGCCAGCCCUGCCGCCCUCUUCCUUUGGAAUUGCGCCUCCUGUGGGAGCGGCGUUUUCAGAGGACCCGCGGGUGCGGUGGUUUCGGCGGGAGUGGUUUGAGGGGCGGGACUGCGUGGACGUGGGGUGCAACUCGGGGUUCAUCUCCAUCGGCCUCGCUCAGUGAGGCAUUUCAGCGUGAAGUCAAUGCUUGGCAUCGACAUCGACAAAGAUCUGAUCAAGGAGGCGAGGAGGCAGUGGGGCAGCGUUGUGAGGGAGGAGAAAGAGAAGGAGCGGGGGGAGGGGGGGAAGGAGGGAGGACAAGAGGUUAAGGGGAACAGGGGCGAGAAAAGGGAGAGGCAAACGGAUGGGGUUGUGGGGUGGAAUGAGGUGGGUGGUGCUGGCGGGGCUUCUAGUGGCCUGGGCGCGGCUCCGCAAGGCAGUGGAGGGAUGGCAGCCGCUGCGGGCAGAGCUGUGGAGGAGGCAGCAGCGGCAGCGGCGCAGGCAGUGGGGGCGGCACGGGGAGCGGGUGGGCGGCCGCGAGUGGUGUUCAGGUGCCUCAACGUGGUGGAGGCGGACAUGCCGCGUGACAGUGCUGACACUGUGCUCUGUCUGAGUGUGACCAAGUGGGUGCAUCUCAACUGGGGCGAUGCGGGCCUCAUCGCGCUCUUCGCCAAUCUCUUCCACAUGCUCCGCCCCGUGCGUCCCUCUCCCUGCCUCACACCCCUGCGCCUCACCACCGCCUCUCAGUCCCAUUCGUCCCUCUCGCUGCUACACUUGUCCCCCUCUCCCUGCCCCACACGUCCCCCUCUCCCUGCCGUCACCUGUCCGCACACAUUGUGUCUCACUCAUCCCUUCCCCCCCUCACAACCAUGCGUCGCUUUCCCCGCCUCGGUGCUGUGUCUUUGUGCGGAGGACACCAAGUCUUGCACACCCAGCGAUGCUGAAAGGCUCUUUCUGGCUUUGUGCUGCCUGCCUCGCUCUGUGGGUGUGACACCACGUACUGUGCAGCAGCGAGUGCUCUUCGUGUGAUUACGCCAUUUGCCGCACAUUCUCUCUGCUCGCUUCCUGUACCCCUCUCUCUCUCACUUACUCUGGCUAUCCUCCCUUCCUCCCCCAACCCCCCUGUUGUCCUUUUUCUGUGCGCACCCGCUCCCUGCCCUACAACGGCGCGGCCGUCUCUCGGCCAUCCUCAGGGGGGGUUCUCAUUCUGGAGCCGCAGCCGUGGAGCUCGUACAAGAAGAAGCACGGACUCACUAAGGAGAGCAGGGAGCACUACAGCAGCAUCAAGAUCUUCCCUGCUCACUUCCGACAGCUGCUGCUCGACAAGAUCGGCUUCCAGCGGGUGGAGGAGCUCACUGCUGCUGUUCCCACUGCGCGCGGCUUUGACCGGCCCUUGUUUGUUUACUACAAGUAGGGCACUCAAGCACUGCACCACGCACUUUAGCGAGAGGCCAAAUAGUGGAGGCGGGCCCAACUCGAAUGGGUGUUGUUUCCAGCGUGCCUGCAAGUACUCUUGUCAUUACAACAAUGAACAAAAGAAUGUACGGUAGCGACGAGCACCAGCUGUCUGCUAUGCGCCCUUGCUCUCUCAACGGGCAACGACUCUGACCCGAAUGCGUGUGACCAGUGAGUAUGGACGAGAGGCGCUCAAAGAGGGUCCUGCGGCACAAUGUAACAAAUGAAAGGUUGCUUUGCAA